AUGGAGAGAAUGAGCUAUAAUGAUGAGCCCAAGUACUAUCAACUCGAGUCGCUGGGAGACGCUUUCGAUGCCUUACGGACGAGAGGCUCGCGGAUGAAGCAAAGAAUUAUCGCUGGCUCGAUAAUCUCUGUGCUGAUGAUCUUUGCGUUCUUUGCUUUUUCUCCCGAUGCUACAACCACGUCGCUGAGACAAGAGCAACUCGACAAAUGGUGGAAGCCUACUCUCGAUUCAACGGAUGCAGCAAUCGAGUCUGGAGUCUGGACAAAAAGACCAGGAGACGAAAAGACAGAAGCUGCAUCUGAAUCUUGCGACAAUGUUCCCGAGACCAUUCAAGUCGCCAUCCUCGAGCACGUAGUCGCACACGACGAAGUCGAUGCUGCUCUCGUUCACUCCCUUGCCUCGCAACCAAACGUAAACCUCACAUUCUACCAAUCAUACCCUCGCUUCGGCAGCGAAAAGAUCAUCAAGGCAUUUGACUUGAACUACACGGGCCCGAUUCACCCUGAUGAGUUUAUGGGAACUGGCAAACACACCACCAUUCCCGACGUUUUGGUCCUUACAACCUGCGAGAUCGCAAUCCGUGAUGGGCUACCCAAACGUUUAGCAGCAUUGCGUGCUCAAGGCGCAACUCGCUUGAUCUGCAUCGUCCACCAUGCCGAGCAAUGGGCCGAAGAACAGCGCAAGUCCGAUAUCAGACCAUGGGUCGAGGCCAACAUGGUUGAGUUCUGGACGCUAUCACCACACACAGCCACCUUCCUUUCCAACACCAUCGCUGCUUGGGACUCCAACGAAGACGAUCCUUGGGCCAACCCACCUUCCCCUCCCAUCCGCGUUUUCGUGCCUAUAUUCCCUGUAGCCGCACCCAACAUCACAGCAACAGAACAAGCAAACCACGACCUAAGUUUCGCCAUGCAAGGCGACUACGAUCCUCACCGCAGAGACUACAAACACAUCUUUGAGCGCCUUGGAAACUUUUUGGCUGCAGCCGAGGGCGACAGAAACGUUUCUAUGCAUCUGUUGGGUCAGGGAAACAGACCCAAGGUCCCUGAAAACGUGGCUAGCCAUGUCUUUUUCGAUCAAGGACUUGGUUAUAUCGACUUUUAUGCCUUGCUUUCCAAGGUUUCUGCUAUUUUGCCUGGGUUUGCUUCGCCAGAUUAUUUCGACCGCAAGGCUUCCUCGUCGGUGCCUGCAGCGUUGAUUGCAGGUACUCCGCUGGUUGCUGAUCGACGUCUUCUUGAUUCUUACGCUUAUGUGGAAGAAGACUCAGUGUGGUUGCAAGAAGAAGGCGAGAACGAGUUUGAUGUUGUAGGCAGGAUGUUGAAUGCAACUGCAGAGGAAAGAGCAGAGAAGAGCAAGCACGCAAAGCAGAAUGCUCAAAAAAUCAUUCAAGGCAACAUCAGGAGAGUAGGCGAGUGGUUAGAAGAAGGCAUUGUAAACAUGUAUUGUAGCGCUGGCUCUGAGCAAGAAGACGAUUAG